AUGAGUGUGACAUCAUGGUUCCUGGUGAGCAGCUCGGGCAUGCGGCACCGGUUGCCGCGGGAGAUGAUCUUCGUGGGCCGCGAGGACUGCGAGCUGAUGUUGCAGUCCCGCAGUGUAGACAAGCAGCAUGCGGUCAUCAACUACAACCCAGCCACCGACGAACACCUGGUCAAGGAUCUGGGCAGUCUUAAUGGGACGUUUGUGAACGACCUACGAAUCCCAGACCAGACGUACAUCACCCUGAAACUGUCUGAUGUCGUGCGCUUUGGAUAUGAUUCCCAUGUCUACGUUCUGGAGAGGAGUCAGCACAAAGUUCCGGAGGAAGCCCUCAAGCAUGAGAAGUACACCAGCCAGCUUCAGAUGGGUCUGAAGGCUUCAGAGGGCAAGCGGCAGGAGAUUAUGGAGGACCGUUCCAAACUGGAGAGGUCCGAACGCAAGAGCCUCACAGAGCCCCCAGUGCCUCGGCCCACCCCCCUGUACGGCCAGCCCUCCUGGUGGGGAGAGGAGGAUGCUGGGAACAAGAAGCAGCACGGAGACGGCCGACGCCCAGAGGACACACACCCAGACAUGCCCAUACAGGUCUCUCUGCCGGGGGAUGGCAAGGUGAAUGGAGCCCUGCCGGACUACCGGGACCUCCAGGGCAAGUCGGUGUCCUUCCCUUACCACCGGGAGCCCAGCUACUUCGAGAUCCCCACCAAGGAGUUCCAGACGAGUCCCACCCCGCCGGUGAUGCCGCCGUCGACGGUGGCACAGAGCGGGCACCUCCAUGGCAAGCCGUCCGCGGCGGCGGCGGCGGCCCAGGAGCUCAACGAGAUCCCCACCAAAGACACGGAUGCCCUGCCGCCGCCGGCCACCGCCACGCCGCCCGUGGUCCAGAGCCACGCCUCCUUCACCAUCGAGUUCGACGAGUGCACGCCGGGCAAGAUCAAGAUCAAGGACCACGUGACCAAGUUCUCGUCGCGGCCGCGCGGCAAGACGCACGCGGGCGCCAAGGGCCUGGCGCUGGCGUCCACGCCCACCGAGGUGAUGUCGGCCGAGUGCAAGGUGGCUGAUUGGCUGGUGCACAGUGAUGUGAGCAUGAUGCGGCGGCAGCCCACCUGCGAGGACGUUUACAGCACCAAGAGUGACCUCGCCAUCAACAUCAAGACACUCAAAGGUCAUCACCAUGACGACGGCACCCAGAGCGACUCGGAGGACCCGGUGCUCAAGGGCAAGAGGAGCAAGUCGCGCCACUCCGUCCAGUCGCAGGAGUCCCUCCCGUCACACCUCUCAGUGCCCACCUCAGAGCCUCUGCCGCCCGCUCAGCCGCCCGUUCAGCCGCCCGUUCAGCUGUCCCCGCCCAAGCUGGCGCCCCCGUCCCCCGUGGCCCCCCAGGCCGUGAUGUGCCUGUCCCCGCAGGAGGCCCCCUCGCCCCCCCCUCCUCAGGCGCGCCACCAGCCUCACGCCGACCCCCCCAGCCAGCAGGCCUUCGUCAUCGAGUUCUUCGACGACAACCCGCGCAAGAAGCGCUCGCAGUCCUUCACCGCCAACCCGGACUCGUACUCGGCCCUGCGCGCCAAGCUGGAGCGGCGCAAGGGCAGCGGGCACAGCGGCGAGCGCCCGGCCUCGGUCCACGGGCACCCGCCGCCCACCCAGCAGAUGACCGUCCCCCUGAAGGGCUCGGCCGCCCACGGCCACGCCCACCCGCCCGGCGGCCCGCAGCAGCGCUCCAGCUCGCUCAAGCGGGAGAAGACCGACGAGACGUCCAGCAGCAGCGGCGGCGGUGGCGGCGGCGGAGGGGGAGGUAGCCACUCGCCAUCCCCACCGGGCGCCGCCGGGACCCGUCCGGCCCACCGGCCGUUCGGCAGCGCGGGCAGGAAGUCCAGGCUGGCCCAGGAGUUUGCGGCGGAGCUCCUGAAGGAGAGUCCGCCUCCCCCGCCCAUGUCGGCUCCCCCCGUGAUGACCGCGGGCCCCUCUCAACACCUCCUGCCCUCUCCGGGUGACCUGAGCGGCCCGGGGUCGAUCUCUUACCCCUCCUCCCCCUCGCAAUGCACCUCCUCUUACCCCCCCCGCCCCCCCGCCGCGCCCCACUCCCCGCCCGUCCCGCAGGAAGUCCCCGUCCCCGUCCCCGUCCCCACUUCCUGCCUGCCGACGGAGCCUUCUCAGAUGCCUCCCAGCAUCAGCAUGACGGAGAGCUUUAGCAUGAGCACGAGCGUUAGCAUCAGCAUCAGCGGCGUGGACCCGCGCACCUCGCGCGCCAUGAGGAUGGAGGAGGAUGACAGCCUGAGCGACGCCGGCACCUACACCAUCGAGACCGAGUCCCAGGACAAGGAGGUGGAGGAGGCGCGGAGCAUGAUCGACCAGGUGUUUGGUGUGCUGGACUCACCUGAGUACAGUGGCCCCACUCUGGGCAUAACUCGUCCGGUGAUCGAGGAUGGCCGGGAAGAGUAUCUGGUCACUCACAGCCCUGCCGACCUGGCCUCUGCCACCAUCCAGGGCCUCAGCAUCCCCAAACACAGCCCGGAUCCGGCCCAGGCACAGCCCCAGGCGUCCCAGAGCAGCCCCAAAUGGGUGUCCCGCUGGGCUAGCUUAGCUGACAGCUACACAGAGCCUGGAGCCCCAGGAGCAAGCCCACAGAUGGAGCCAGAUAGAGAUGGAAGGAUGCCCCACUCCACCAUGCUGAGCCAGAGUCUGGACAUGUCGGAGACCGAGAGUAGCCAGGGGUCCCGCACGCGACGCCUCCUGCCCCAAGUGCCCCUCGGGGACAAAUCCGAGAGUCCGGUCCCCUGCGUCCUCAUCCGCCACGACCCCUAUCUGGACUGCGAGCUUCCUGAGCGAGGGUCGGGGCUGCCCGCUCAGCAGGACUCCGCCCAGAGGCUCUGCGUCCAGGACGACGUGGACCCGGACAGCCUGAGCGACACCAGCCGCUCGGAGGACGGCUCCAUCCUGGAGAGGAAGCACCGGGGCAGAGGGGCGUCCGGCACGCUGUCCUCCCCGGGGGACGGCGCCGCGCCCUGGGGGAUCGGUCAGGAGCCGCCCGCGCAGACCCCCAAGUCCACCUCCUUCUACAUCGGGUCGGACGACGGGUCGCAAGGUCGGCCGGAGCCGUCCAGGAGCCCGCUGUCGUCGCAGUCGGAGAGGGACCCGUCCCCGCGGACGCCCCCGACCACCGUCCUGAUCCGCCACCUGAGCGGGCACGAGCCGCGGCGCAGCGUCAAGCCCAACUCCUCGGCGCCCAACCUCCAGACCCACCACGACCGCGACGCGGUGCCCACCAAGGACACCGUGGCGCUGGCGCUGGCCUCGGGCGCGUUCGUCCGGCAGGAGAGCUUCACCAAGGAGCGGACGACCGACGACGUCCAGGUCAAGAGGCUGCCGCACAUCUCCAGCCACCCCACGCUCAGGGACCUGGAGCGGGCGGAGGCCGGACUCGAGCCCCCGGCGUUCCUCCAGGAGGCCGAGCGGUCCCUCAGCUCCCCCGAGGACAAGCUCUCGUCCCGGGACGGCAAGACGGGACUCGAGGACUCGAUGUCCGGCGAGUCGGACGUGGACACGGCCAGCACGGUCAGCAUGGUGAGCAGCAAGAACGCCGCGGCGUCGACGACGACGGCGCCCAAGAAGCGUCCGGCGAGCUCCGCGACGCAGAAGGAGCGGUCAGGGCCGGACAAGGGCCGGCAGCCCACGGCGCGGGAGCGGCUCUCGGAGAAGCGGCGGAGUCACACCACCGCCGGGAGCGACGGCACGGCGAAAGCCGGGAACGCCGCCCAACGCCUGCAGCUUCGCCGGAGCGCCGGGAACCGCGGCUCCCUGGACCUGUCCGAGGGCCAGCAGAACCACGGCCAGAACCACUGGGCCGACGCCGCCUCCUCGUCCGACCACGAGUCCGGCUCCCGCGCGGCCGCCCGCAAGAGGCUGAGCGCCCCUCCGCUGAAGGAGGAAGCGCCCAGCAAGACGUCCAGCAAGGUCGCCCCGCAGGUUCUGACCCGCUCCAACAGCCUGUCCGCCCCGCGGCCCACUCGGGCGUCCAUGUUGCGUCGGGCCCGGCUCGGCGAGACCUCGGAUAACGAGACCGAAACCGACCGGGCCUCCCAGAGUUCGGACCACGGCAAAACUCCCGCCGACAGCAAGAAGCUGUCGCGGCUCGACAUCCUGGCCAUGCCGCGGAAAAGGACCGGGUCCUUCAAUGCCCCGAGCGACACCGAGUCCACCUCGGGCAGGUCAGCUCCGUCCACCCGCCCCUCCGAACCCACCGCCAGCUCACGCAAGGCUGCCCCGGGAGAACCCAAACAGGGGACGACCAAGACGGCGUCAGCGACCGCCAAGCUCCCCUCCGCCCGCGCCCGGUCCAGCACAGCCAAACACACCAACGCAGCAGGUGCGAAACCCCACAAACACCAGAAAGCAGGGGCCCGUCGGCGGCAGAAGGGCUCGGACUACUCGUCCACCUCGGAGGAGGAGCAGGAGGUGAGCUCGGGCAGCCAGAGCCAGAAGCACAAGCGCUCGCACGCCUCGGCCUCCACGCAGACCAUGCAGGCCCUGAAGGUCACGCCCGUGCGCUCCAAGUCCAUCUCGCUGGAGCCCGAGGAGGAGGAGCAGAACGAGCACUUCCAGAACUGGUCCACGCACAGCGCCGAGAUCGCCAGGUUGAGUCAGGACCUGGCCAAAGACCUGGCGAUCCUUGCCCGUGAGAUUCACGAUGUGGCGGGUGAUGGCGACUCCCAGAGCUCCGGCAUGGGCACCACCACCUCCCCCAGCUCCAUCCCAAACACACCCGCCUCCACCAUCUCCGCCCGGGAGGAAAGGCCAUAUGCAUCAUUGCAGGGGGUCCUGUCAUCCCAGUUGGUACAGCACAUACCUGAGGCCAGUUUGAACUACCAGAAAGUUCCACCAGGUUCCCUCAGUCCCCUGGAGCAGGAUUCCAAUAUGAAUGAACAAGAAUCGAAGCGACGCCCCUGGAAUAGGGAAGAGGUCAUUCUGGACAAUCUCAUGCUGAAUCCUGUCUCCCAGCUCUCCCAGGCCAUUCGAGAGAAUACAGAGCAGCUCACAGAGAAAAUGAAGGUCAUGUUCCGGAACAAGACAGAAGUGUGGGAGGAAAUUGAGGCAAAGAUUAACUCUGAAAAUGAAGUCCCUAUCCUGAAAACAUCUAAUAAGGAAAUCUCUUCAAUCCUGCAAGAGUUGAGGAGAGUUCAGAGACAGUUGGAGGUUAUCAACACCAUUGUGGAGCCCAGUGGAAGUCCCAAGAUGGCCGCCACGGCUUCCCCUACACCGGGCACGCCGAGACACACCUCCAAAGCCAAGGCUCCGACGCAGGCCCGGCACUCUGGCGGCCGGGCCACCGGUCCCGCCACCCCGAACGCCAACGAGAGAACCAAGAGGGGAACGCGGGGAUCAGAUGACCAGAAGUACUUGGUCUGAUGCAGUUCGGAUCAAGCCUACGAGUCCUACGAGGAAAGUUAGGGAGUAAUGCUGUAUUUAAGACGAAAAAACAAAAUUGCUGACAUGUUGCACAAGCUUUGAAGGCAAAACUGUAUAUGUACAAAAAAACAGCUAGAGCUUGUUUUGCUUUGCUUAAACAAGUGUAUCGAUGUCCCACAUGCCUUGUGUGAUUGGUUGGUGUCCCUUUGGUCAAGUGAGAAGCUGGUCUUUUAGAGGACCCAUGAAUGGGAUCCCUGCUCCAUAAUGUGAGAUCCAUUUUGUGCCACUUCUGUUGUGUUUGUUCUGUGCUAUGAUAGCCAUAGCAUAGAUUAUGUUGUACCUAUUGAAGAUGUGUGGAAGAUGAGGUGGGGGUGCUUGAGGGUGGGGGGACGCAGCAAUACUAUGGGCCAAAACAGUGUAGCAUACCAGAAUGAUCCAUGCGGGCUUCCUUUGAUUUUUCUUUUGUUCAAAUUUAGCCAAGGUAUGUUCACUGACUUCUAUACUAAAGGAAAUAGUGAAUUAUAAUUGAUUGGUUUGGUGAUUAUGUUUUUGAAUGUGGUUGUCAGGAAUUAUCUUUGAUCCCUAAAGCGUUUUUUUAAUGAAUGUUGUGAUGUAGAUUGCCAUGAUAGCGCUUGGGAAUAUGCCUUCCAGAACCUAUUUUGUUUGGAGCAGUACAGUUUAGUGUAGAAAAGCCCCGAGCAAUUGGAGUCUUACAAAUCAUAUUGCGUUGAUUUGGAACAUGAAAAUGGUCACUGUGAACGCUUUGGCACAGACUUUAAUGACUGUGCUUUUUUUUCUCACACAGAAUCUAGAAAAAAUCACAGACAGGUAUAGAUCAGCAUAUGCUGUGUGCAUACAUAACAAUGUAUGGUGGUAUUUCACAAAUCCAACUUGAGCAGUAAAAUUACUUGAACAAUCAGGCAGUUCUCUCCUCAAAGAUCCCAUCUCUGAUGUUUACGUUGGUGUAAAUAUGAUUUAACCAAGAGACAGCGGAGGACACACACCAUUAUGCAGUGUGUUGAGGUUAUGUUGUGUGACAGCCUGGUUGCUUACUGAUGUUUUGCCCAGGCUAGACUUGAAUGUGCAGUACUGUUUUCAGAUUUUGACAAUGAAUCCAGAAGGCAAACGGGUCUCUUCUUCUUGUGUAUCAGUAGCCUGGCCUUUAGCACUAUAGCAUUCCUGAUUCAGAUAAUUAGCAUGUCAGCUAUAUCCAUAUACUGAAAUAUUGAGUCAUAUCAGGCAGUGUAGACUAAAUUUAGCAAAGGACCAUGAGUUGUGUCAGUUUCAUUUGAAGGAAAAUAUGGACAACUAUGGCACAUGACAUCAUAGAUUUGCUUUAAAGCAACACUAAAGAGUUUUUCGUACCUUAAAAUAAUGUUUCCAAAAUCAUUUCAGCGGUUUAUCAACUCGUAACAGGGUGAACGGCACCUCUGCUUUCACUUCGCGGCCCUCUAUCGGCUAUAACCGCACUAUGUAACUUUACGAGGUGGGGUAGUGUAUCUGUAGUUCGAUGAAAUGAGACAUCAGAAACUACAAAUACAUCAUACUUUCAUAAAAUCAUGCAACAUAUUCUACCUUGUCUGUUAUUUGCUGGAUAAACAUAUAGAGAGUGUUCGACAGAGGAAAAGUGCUUUAGUGUUGCUUUAAUCAUUUAAUCAUCAUUUAGUCCAAACGGCAACAGACGAGAUCAACUUCCUCAUUAAGUUCUUCUCCCUAGCAUUGUCCCAUAUACUCGGCAAAGGAAACAAAGAUUUUUUAAUGAGAAUGUAUUAGGCCAAUAAUGUAUGGCUUCCCAGUAGUAAGACAACCAUUUAUGGCUUCCCAGUAGUUAGACAAACAUAACCAAACCGUAACGUUUGUAUUUUGAUUUCCUUUCCAACCUACUAAGCAAAAUAUUUGGCUUGCAAAAAGGCAACAUGCUCCUAAACUGGCAAGACCUGUGUGCUCCACAGGAAGCGUCUUCAUCUUUUUCAUUUGAAUAUUUUUACUUGUACUUGUACUUAACUUGUACUUGUAUUUUUACUCAUUUGUAUCUUUCUCCCUGCAGAUCUGGGUAUUUGUAUUUUCGGUUGGAUGGUUUAUUUUCAUUGCGCAGAAGUCUCUCCGUUCAGUGUGCUGUACACGUACUAUAGCUGCUUCACGUAGACUGCAGUUCUUGAAAGAUUCUUAAAAAGAAGUAGUCUUUUGAGCAAAGCUUGAAUGAGGGGCAUUACAGUAGUUAAAAGACUGCAAUCGUUCAGUUCACUAAGAUGCCGUUCAUUUACAGUUAUAUCAGCUGUUUAUAAUGCUUAUCACUCAGAGGCUUUUCAAAUACCACAUGAUUGUGUUUUGUUUGUGAUUGAUAGCUGAGUGGUAUGAUGAUUACCCAACACAGGCCAAACAUCAUGGCUAGUUCAUUUUCCAUAUCACAUUUAUGUUCUCAUAUAUAUAGAAAAAGUAUUUUGUAAAAAAUAAUCAAGUUCUUUCUCCUGCUGCACUCUGCUAAAUUGCUCUUCUUGUUUGGUGCUUUGUUCAAAUGUCAUAAGUCUGAAACAAGCCAUUUGUUUUGGCCUGUGCUGUACGCAAACCAGAUGUAUUAUCACAUUUGAUCAACAAUGUAUUACCAGCUUCAGUCUGCCAUCACAGCAGUGGUAUCUAUGGACAUAGUGGGAGCUGCGGUGAACCCCUGGUAUGCGCAAACACAGUUGGGGGAUGUGAGAUUGUGUGUGUAGUGAAACAGCGUAUAAAUGUAUGUGUACAAAAAAAAGAAUGAAAAAGAACAACAAAAACGUACAAUAUUUUGUCCACAAUGCAUGUGAACCAUAAUUUAGUGUAGCUGGGUGAGAGUUUUGGCUAGUUCACCAAAUGUGCACUUUUCAUUUGAAAAAAAAGAAAAUAAAUCUAUACGCCGCAAAAUUUUGCAGGUGAAAGUGGAAAAUGUACAUGGCAGUAAAUCUGGAACGUUAAGUGGCUGAAAUAUAGGUUAUGCACCAUUUUAGACAUUCAAAAGGGCAGGCUUUUUAGCGUACUGUUGAAUCACUUAUAGGUUUUUGUCACUUAUAGGUUGUUUUUUUAAAAUGCUUACAUUUAUAUCCUGGUGUCAAUCUGGAAUCUCUGGAGUCACUGAUGCUACCACUGCUUCCUUCAGCCAAUAGUAAUCAAGAAUGUAGUAACCUAGUUAAAAACCGACAUCUGAUUGGCUAUACGACUAUUCAUCAGCUGCUGUUGUGAUGACAUUACCUGGUCUACUAUUACUUUCAGUGCAUGGAGCUCUGUAAUAAGCUUUGUUAGAUGACAAAACACAUACUUCUGUAUGUACACCAUGUGACCAUAAAAUGCAACAGUGUAACUUACCAACUUGGCUCAUAUUGUUAAACACUGACUUCCUAAUAUUCUCUGUAUUUAAUGAUUAUUAUUUUAUAUGGAAUAUUACUUUUUUUCCAUUCUUAAGUUCCAUAUCUCCACCUGCACCAUGUAGAAUGUAUUUCAUUUUUUUAUCAUCUCAUUUGUAAUAAACUGAU